AAAAUAAAAGAAGAAUACACCACAAAAAAAAAGAAAAACAAAAAGAGAGAGAGAAAGAAAUCGAGUUUAACUGCUCGUGUCUCUCUCUGCCACUCGUCUUCAGUUUUGUCAGCGUCUUCAUAACUUUAUAAGUUCUUCUUCUCUAUCGAUCUCUUCUUCUUCUUUCUUUGUUGGUCACUGUGUCUUUCUUUGUAACUUAAUUAAAUUAUCUGAAAGCAAAGAAUAAAGAGGGAAAAAAAAAACAUACUUAUUCACAAAACCGUGUUCUUUUCGCGUUAUCUUCAUAAGUUGUUCAAGAUUCUCUUUUUUUUUUUCUUCCUAUAAUCAUUUGAUUGACUGAUUCUGUUUUCUCUUUUUUCUUUUACAUACCAAGAAGAGGGUCUUUCAUUACAGAAACUUUAAUUUAUGUUUUGUUUGGUUUAGCUUUUUUAUCCAAUUUCAUCAAAAGCAGAGUUGUACGACACUAGUUGUUGUUCUGUAAUAAUAAUAAUAACAACUCGAGUCAAUUCUUAUAUACUCAGAGAAAGAAAGAAAAACAAAAAAAAAGUUUCAAUUUUUUGGUCUCAUCUCAGGCCAAAAUUGCUCCAAAUGGUUAUCGAUGUCUAAGGUUUCGGGCUAGUUUGAUCUGAGCAGGAACCAGUUUAAGGGGAAAUCCAAGUUCUGUUGUUACAAAAAUGGCGGAAAGGGUUGAAACCUCUGUAACAGAUGGAGAACAAACGAUUGAAGAAAGACAAAUUGGAGCUAUGUGGGAAUUAGAGAAGAAACUUGAUCAACCCAUGGAUGAAGAAGCUAAUAAGCUCAAGAACAUGUACAGAGAAAAGGGCUUAUCGAUUUGGAUGCUUCUAAGACUGUCUUUUCAAAGUCUAGGAAUAGUUUAUGGUGAUUUAGGGACUUCUCCAUUGUAUGUGUUUUACAAUACAUUCCCUGACGGGAUUGAUGAUAAAGAAGAUGUAAUUGGAGCUCUUUCUUUGAUCAUUUACUCUCUUUUGCUUAUACCUCUCAUCAAGUAUGUCUUCAUUGUCUGCAAAGCUAAUGACAAUGGUCAAGGUGGGACUUUAGCUAUAUACUCGUUGCUUUGUAGACAUGCUAAAGUGAAACUAAUCCCGAAUCAGCGACGCAGUGAUGAGGAUCUCACGACUUAUAGUCGAACUGUAUUCGUUGAAGGGUCUUAUGCUGCUAAAACCAAGAAGUGGUUAGAAGGUAAAGAUUGGAGGAAGAGAGCUCUUCUGGUCAUUGUUCUUCUCGGGACUUGUAUGAUGAUUGGUGAUGGUAUUCUAACUCCAGCCAUCUCCGUUCUUUCGGCAACUGGUGGGAUCAAAGUCAUCAAUCCAAAUAUGAGCAGCGACAUCGUUGUGCUAGUGUCUAUUGUCAUUUUAAUAGGAUUGUUCAGUAUGCAACAUUACGGCACAGACAAAGUCGGUUGGCUCUUUGCACCUAUAGUGCUUAUCUGGUUCCUCUUCAUCGGAGCCACUGGUGUAUACAACAUCUGCAAACACGACACAAGUGUGUUAAAAGCGUUUUCGCCCACGUAUAUAUACUUGUACUUCAAAAGACGAGGUCGAGAUGGUUGGAUUUCGCUAGGUGGCAUUCUUCUCAGUAUAACAGGCACGGAGGCGUUAUACGCAGACAUUGCUUAUUUCCCGUUACUAGCGAUACAGCUCGCCUUUACAUUUUUCGUGCUCCCUUGUCUUCUUCUAGCAUACUGCGGACAAGCUGCGUAUCUUGUGAAUAACACGGACCAUUAUAAAGACGCGUUCUAUGCAUCUAUGCCGGAUAGUGUAUAUUGGCCAAUGUUUGUAGUGGCGACAGGAGCUGCGAUCGUUGGGAGCCAAGCUACAAUCUCAGGGACUUAUUCCAUAGUCAAGCAGGCCGUAGCUCAUGGAUGUUUUCCUCGAGUUAAAAUUGUUCAUACUUCCAAGAAGUUCCUCGGUCAGAUCUAUUGCCCUGAUAUUAACUGGAUACUCAUGCUCGGCUGCAUUGCUGUCACCGCUAGUUUCAAGAAUCAGAGCCAAAUCGGAAAUGCUUAUGGGACUGCGGUUGUUCUCGUGAUGCUUGUGACCACAAUACUAAUGGCGCUGAUCAUGCUGCUCGUGUGGCGUUGCCACUGGAUCCUUGUCCUUGUAUUCACCGUUCUCUCUCUCUUUGUUGAGUUUUCCUACUUCUCGGCUGUGAUCUUUAAGAUCGAUGAAGGAGGAUGGGUUCCGCUCAUCAUAGCAGCGAUCUCACUUCUUGUAAUGUCAGUUUGGCAUUACGCAACAGUCAAGAAAUAUGAGUUUGAAAUGCAUAGCAAAGUGUCCAUGAGCUGGAUACUAGGCCUAGGUCCUAGCCUCGGGCUUGUCCGUGUCCCUGGUGUCGGUUUAGUCUACACUGAAUUAGCGAGUGGUGUCCCUCACAUUUUCUCUCACUUCAUCACCAACCUCCCUGCCAUUCAUUCGGUUGUUGUCUUUGUCUGCGUCAAGUACCUUCCGGUUUACACUGUCCCUGAAGAAGAGAGGUUUCUUGUGAAGAGAAUUGGACCAAAAACAUUCCGAAUGUUCCGCUGCGUAGCUAGAUAUGGCUACAAAGAUCUACACAAGAAAGACGACGAUUUCGAAAACAAAUUGUUGAACAGCCUCUUCGCAUUCAUUCGAAUCGAAACAAUGAUGGAGCCAGCUUCGAACUCAAGCACCUACAGCAGUGCGUAUUCUGUCAACAAUACACUAGACUCCAGAGAAGAUUUGAUCCAUAACAACAACAACCACUACCACAAUAGCAACAACAACAAUAACAACACGGAUAUGUUUUCAUCGAUGGUGGACUACACGGUAUCAACUUUAGAUACGAUAGUUCCCGCUGAUUCACCGCAUAACGGGGUGAGUUUCAGUCAUGAAAACACAAUAGAGGAGGACGAGAUGGAUGAGUUGGAGUUUCUAAAGACCUGUAAAGAAUCAGGAGUUGUUCAUAUUAUGGGAAACACUGUGGUGAAAGCAAGAAGUGGAUCAUGGCUUCCAAAAAAGAUUGCCAUUGAUUAUAUUUAUGCAUUUCUUGCUAAGGUUUGUAGGGAGAAUAGUGUUAUCUUGCAUGUUCCUCAUGAAACCCUUUUAAACGUUGGACAAGUCUUUUAUGUAUAGUUUUUCUUUUUUGGUCUUUGUAAAACAAAUCACAGAUAAAGGGGAAUAAAAGGAUACCAAAUUUAAGAUUA